AUGGUCAGUCAAAAGCAAUUCGGUCAUGAGACAAAUGGGGCUGAAGUCGUUGCCUCAUUCCCAAAGUCUGUCGCUGACAAGACAUCAACUAUUCUCCUCAAACGUAACGAAUCUAAAGCCGCACCAACUAUAGAAUCAGUGAAAGCGGUUUCUCCAAGCACAACCGUGAAAUUUGUUCACUGUGAUCUUGGAAAGUAUUCAUCCAUUAGAACUGCAGCUGAAUCUAUUCUGGCUACCACUCCCAAGAUCCACACUCUCAUCAACAAUGCGGGUGUCAUGGCGCCAGCCAAAUACAACACUACCGCCGAAGGUUUGGAGGUCCAAUUUGGUGCAAACCAUGUUGGGCAUUUGCUUCUAACAAACAUACUCAUGCCAGCUAUUGUUGCUGCUGCAUGUGAAGGAGCACGAAUUGUCAACCUAUCCAGUAUGGGAUGGUCAUUGGGCGAAGUUCGAUUCGAUGACUAUAACUUCAAUGGUGGGAAAGAUUAUGACAAAUGGUCAGCAUAUGGCCAAAGUAAAUCAGCAAAUAUUUUAUUUACUGUUGAGUUGGCAAAGAGAUUGAAAGGCAAGGGAGUACACGCAUUUGCUGUUCACCCUGGCGUGAUCGUCACGAAUUUGAUAAGAGAGGUGGAUCCGAAGAAAGAUUAUGGCUCUGUGACCGAACGUUUCAACUCCAGAGGAGACAUAAAGAUGGAUGGCUCAUUCCCUUGGAAGAGCUUAGAAGCAGGCACAUCAACAACAUUGGUUGCGGCUCUUGACCCAGCUUUGAAAGUUCACUCAGGUGCCUACCUUACCGAUUGUCAAAUCGCUGAAACAGCAGAUUACACCACCAAUCCAGACUAUGCAGAGCGAUUGUGGGCGCUGAGUGAGAAGCUUGUAGGGCAAAAAUUCGAUUUGUAA